CAAACUGGGAACCGGGGAGAUGGCCAAGACAGAACCCAAGACCAUGCAGGAUCUCACCUCGGUGGUGCAGACACUCCUGCAACAGAUGCAAGAUAAAUUUCAGACCAUGUCCGAUCAGAUCAUUGGAAGAAUUGAUGACAUGAGUAGUCGCUUUGAUGACCUGGAGAAAAACAUUGCAGACAUCAUGAUACAGGCUGGAGUGGAAGAACUGGAAGGUGAAAACAAGAUACCAGCUACACAAAAGAGUUGAAGGUUGCUAAUUUACACUGAAAUCUGGAACAUUGUGUUUACAAGCCAAGAGAAGACCGAAUGGCUUUUUGCAACUAACUUCUAUGUGUAGACAGGUUUUAUAUUAUAAAGUGUGCAUUCUUCUUAUCACAUAUUAUAUAGUUAGUUUAUCGAGUGAUUCUCCCCCCUUCCCCCUCGUUUCUUUAACAUGGUAACUUCACAUCUUGGAUCUUGGUCAGCUGUGCUAUUAAAUAUUAAACACUACAACUUUGGCGGUUCCUGCA